AUGAGUGACACAGAGCAGGACAUGGUCCGGGACAUCUUCGGCGAUGAUGGAAGUGAUGAAAGCGAUGGAGAAUUUGAGGGUUUUGGUGGCGAUGUUGCAACUGUAGAAGAUGACGCUCCAAAAGAACAAGAAAAUGACGACGACAAUAGAGGCGACGAGGAUGAAGUGUUGUCACAGUCUUCUUCUUCAGACGGCGAGGAAGAGCCUGAUAAACAGAUUCAAGAAAAGAAGAAGGUCAUUCAAAAUGCCUCUGGAAGUGAUGACGAGUCCGAUAAUGAUCCCGAGCAAAAUGAAAGAUCUGGAAUUGUAUAUGAUUUUGACCUCAUGAUGCAGCGACGAAAAGAGAUCAACUCUCGAAAAAGACGGAAGAAGAAUAUCGACAUAAUAAACGAUAGUGAUGAUGUCAUUGCCGAACUGAUUCACGAGAUGAAACAGGCCGCUGAGGAGGACUUUGAGCUGAAUCGAAACCACAAAGCAGCAAUUCGCAAGCUGAAAUUGCUUCCAGUUGUCGAUGCGCAGCUAAAGAAAAUUGACCUUCGCGAAGCACUUCUCGAUUCAGGAAUCCUUGGCGUGAUUACCGACUGGCUGACUCGUCUUCCUGAUGGCAGUUUGCCACAUUUGCAAAUUCGCGAAAAACUUCUCAAGUUUCUCGUAGAUUUCAAUAUUGAUGACAUUGAUCGAAUCAAGGCAAGCGGUGUCGGAAAAGCGGUCAUGUACCUGUUCAAGCAUCCAAAAGAAACGCGCGAAAAUAAGAAGAUUGCAAGCAAACUAAUUUCCCACUGGUCAAGGCCUAUUUUCAACUUAGACACUGACUUUCACUCAAUUACCCGCGAAGAGCGAGAGCAGCGCGAUUUUGAGAUCAUGUCCAACUUCAAGCGAAGGCAAUCUGAUGCCGGCGAAGGUCCUAGCCCCAAAGUUGCCAAGACGGAUGAACGUGCCCUAAAGCCUGGAGAAAAGGGCUGGGUUCCGCGUGCCCGCGUUCCUAUGCCGUCGAUGAAGGAUUAUGUUGUACGUCCAAAGUCCAAAAUUGAAAUCGACAUGACACGAGGCUCCUCGAAAAAGACCAUCAGUCGAUUCGAAAAGCAUUUACGCAACUUUAAUGAGAUGAAAAAGAUGAACAAGGCCAACAGCGCUAUGCCAAUUAGCAUAGAAGGAAGGAAAAUGGCGCUUUAA